AUGAGGACGCUUCAACAAUUGGACCCUUCGAUUCUCGAUUACCGCAUAGAGAACGGACGCACGUAUCACAAGUACAAAGACGGCACUCCACCGAAUGCAGCUGACUCUGGAGUCCGUCGUGUUCUUGACAUCGGCACAGGCACGGGAAUUUGGGCAAUCGACUUUGGCGACGAGCACCCCGAGGCUGAGCUGAUCGCAAGUAGCACCCCUCCCAACGUUCGUUUCGAGAUUGACGAUGUUGAGGACACUUGGACAUUCUCUCGGCCAUUCGACUACAUCCACAGUCGGGUCAUGACCUCGUCGGUCAAGAGCUGGGAAGAUUUCAUCCGCAAGUGCUUCGAAAACCUUAGCCCCGGGGGAUAUCUCGAGCUAAACGAAAUCGACCCCUGCCCUCUGUCCGAUGACGGCACCCUCCAGGAGACGUCCGCAGUCAUCAAGUCAGUCCGCAUGCUGGAACAGGCUGCUAACAUUUUCGGCCGCCCUUACCACACCGCACAAGCACUCCAAGAGACUUUGACUCGAGUCGGCUUCGAGGACGUGACCGUACAGAGGUUCAAGUGGCCCACGAAUCCUUGGCCGAGAGAUGCCCGUCAUAAGGAGCUUGGGAUCUGGACCCACGAGAAUCUCGUGGCUGGCUGGGAGGGCUUCUGCAUGGCUCCGUUUACCAGGGCCUUGAACUGGUCUAGAGAGGAGGUCUUAGUUCUCAUGAUGCAGGUGCGCAAGGAGUUCAGCGAUCGAAGCAUUCACGCAUACUUUCCAGUUCAUUCGAUCUACGCCAGAAAGCCUGCCAAGCCAAGUUCGGACUGA